AGACUAAAAUUAAACAAUCAAACAACUUACACAACAAAAUCUAUCCAAUGACCGCUCAAGACUCUAAAACCUUGAGAUUUGCUAUACUCAAUACUUCAAUUCAACACCAAUUCCAAAUUCCUUUUUUUCUUAAUUUUAGUGCGGAGGUGUUUCAAUUUACUAACUCGAACGUUGACGCUUGUCACGGGAUCGGAGUAAUAACGGAUUUCGGAUCUGGAUUUAACUUCCGAUCAUGA